GCCGGCGGCGAUGCCCCCCACGACGCCCCAGCGCCGGAAGCAGGACGAAUCGGGCGGCGGCGACUGGCGCGAGGAGGCCGUGUCCGCCGGCUCGCUGCGCCAGGUGGACCUCGACAGGGGCGCCAACGGCUGGGCCGCGCCGCCGGGGGACCUCUUCCAGCUGCGCGCGCGCGGCUACUUCUCCGGCGGCGGCGGCAAGCGCGGCAAGUCGGCCGCGUCGCCGGACUGGCUCCUCCGCCCCGCCGGCGUCGACUGGCUCCGCUCCCACGCGCGCCUCGACCACCUGCUCGCCCGCGACGACGUCCCCGUCGCCGCCGCCUUCCGCCGCGCGCGCCUCCGCAAGGACCCCAACGCCCACUUCCUCCUCGCCGUCAAUCUCCAGGUCCCCGGCCGGCCGGACGCCUACAGCUCGGUCUUCUACUUCGCGGCGGAGGCGCCCAUCCCGCCGGACUCCCUGCUCGGGCGCUUCGUCUACGGCGACGACGCCUACCGCAACGCCCGCUUCAAGAUCGUCAACCGCAUCGUCAAGGGCCCCUGGCUCGUCCGCGCCACCGUCGGCAACUACGGGGCGUGCCUCCUGGGCCGCGCGCUCACGUGCCGCUACCACAGGGGCGACGACUACCUCGAGAUCGACGUGGACAUCGGCAGCUCGGCGAUCGCCACUGCCAUCCUGCAUCUGGCGCUGGGCGCGGUCACCUCGGUGACCAUCGACAUGGGCUUCCUUGUCGAGUCCCAGUCCGAGGAGGAGCUGCCCGAAAAGCUCUUCGGCGCGGUGCGCAUCGCGCAGAUGGAGAUGGGUUCGGCCAAGUACGUGGAGACGGCGUCUGAUGAGCCCGAGACCGCCGGCAAGGCAGCGCCGGGGUUCAGGGUUGGCUCGGCGAGGGUGGCCAACGAUAGCCGCCACCAGGAACGCACCAGCGGCAAGGCCAGCAGGUCGAUGAGCUGCCAGGAACGCCUGGGCGGAGGUGAGGGCUCAAAUUACUCCUGACAUCUUCUUCACAGCAGUGUUUGAUAUUUCAAUGCGGCUAAUUUGACCACUUCUAUAUGAUAGUCGGGCAUGAACUCGAUGCUACAAAACUUAUAUAUGAUAUAGCAGCUGACGAAUUCGUUCGUUGUUAGCAUAUGCCACUGGAUAAUAAUUCCGUAGUUCUGUCAGUUAUGGUCGCUGUUUAGCUCAGCUGGGCCUUACAACAGCAUGAGAGUGAUGGCAUUGGCAGUGCCGUUUCAAGUUCUCAACGCAAUCGUAUUAUCUUAAGAGUAAUGCUUGAUCUGUUGGCUGGGGAUAUUAUAAUUUUUUCAAGGUUGAUGUGUGCAAGUUUCUUUUGUGUCUAGUUAAUUGAUCUUGUGUUGGGACGAAAGGAAGGGAAUAAGUGGACUGUGCUCUAGGGAUCUGAUAUUGUAGGCUAAUUAGUACGGUCAUUGAAACAAUAAUCAGGAGGCAAUUCCAAUUAUUUAAUGAGGUCCAAGAUUGUGAUAUGGGGUGAAGGUACCACUAACAGUUGCCAAGAUUAAUCUCGUGUAUAGGAGCUUAGGAUCUUCAAUGGUCUCAACUUCGACGAUUUUAUAGGUGCCUGUUACUGGCUUGCAGAUGGGCGUGCCACGUAUAUUACAGUUUUGUACAUUUUAGUCACUUGUCUAGAAGGAACAUUUCUGCCUGACACCAGAGUGCUUCAGGAGAUAUGUGCAUUUGCCAUGCCUCUCAUUGUCCCUGUGUGUCAAUUUGAUUUCUGUUAACUAUUUACCUGUUCAUCGUGUACUGGUUGUACCCAUCCGCGGUCCAGUUUGGCCAUGAUCCGUGUCUUGGAAAAGCAUAUGGCAUUUCCUUGGGAGCGUCCUCUUCAUUGCUCCUUUUCUUGCGCGUUUAGCUGUUUGGUUAUCUUGAGGGUGAGACAUAGGCAUGUGUGCACUCUACAGGAUUGUGAUCAGUACUUACGAUCGCAGAGGCUAUUUUAGGUGGGGUUGCCAAUCAUACUUUUUGUCCUUGAUCGGCUGUCCCGUUCGUAUUAGAAGUUGAUUAGGUGGCGUUGCAGAGAGUAUAAAUGGUGUUCUGGCAAGCAACAUCCAUGUCUUUAUCACUUAGCCGAACUAUCAUAACUGUUUUAAACAAGACAACAUGGUGUCAUGUAGUAAGCAGCCUGGGCUUCUCUGCCUGAUUUAGCAGCGACGCAAUUCGGUAGCACUUCUUUAUACCAGUUCAUGGGUCGAGAACUUGGAUUUAUGGGCAUGUUAGCCUUUUUCAUUCUUUCAUUUACUCGUUUCUUUUGCUUGGACGGUUGUUAGCCUGCCUUCAAGCAAAGCCAAUAUGGUUACUUGCUCUAGCUGUUGUCUGGGGUAUAAUACAGUCCAUCAGAAUUACAACCUUGUUGUCUAAGAUCUGAGAUAAUGGCAAUACCGGGUUUGUUGGAGAAACUAGAUUUGCUUUUAAUUGAAGUUUGGAGGCGAAGAAAGUAACAUUUCAGUUUCUACCUCU